GACAGUUGAAGAUGGCGACUGGAGUCCUUCACAGAGUCAGCGGUGGCCUGGGUCGGGCUAAAAGCAGGGCCCAGUCCGCCGGACAGCUCGUCGUGUGGAGCAGGGGAUUUGCGGCAUCGUGCAGAAACGGACAGGACAGCUGGUUUAAGUCGCUGUUUGUGAGGAAAGUUGAUCCCAGGAGAGACACACAUGCCAACCUACUAACCAAAAAUGAGGAAAGCAACCUGUACAAAAUUCAGUUCCAUAACGUCAAGCCAGAGUGCCUGGAUGCAUACAACAAACUCUGUGAGGAUGUUUUGCCCUCCAUCCAUGCUGAUAAGUACUACCCCUGUGAGCUGGUGGGCACCUGGAAUACCUGGUAUGGAGAACAGGACCAGGCUGUUCAUCUGUGGCGUUACAGAGGAGGAUACCCAGCUCUAACAGAGGUGAUGAACAAGCUCAAGCAGAAUAAGGAGUUCACGGCGUACAGGAAGGAGCGGGGUAAGAUGCUGAUGUCUCGUAGAAACCAGCUGCUGCUGGAGUUCAGUUUCUGGAACGAACCAGUACCCCGAGAGGGACCCAACAUCUAUGAGCUCAGGUCCUACCAGCUCAGGCCAGGAACCAUGAUCGAGUGGGGUAAUUACUGGGCCAGAGCCAUCGGAUACCGCCAGCACAACAGAGAAGCUGUGGGAGGGUUUUUCUCACAGAUCGGCAACCUCUAUAUGGUUCAUCACCUCUGGGCUUACAAAGACCUUCAGUCUAGAGAAGACACGAGGAACGGCGCCUGGCAGCAGGAGGGCUGGGACGAGGUGGUUUAUUACACAGUUCCUCUCAUUCAACAUAUGGAUUCCAGGAUUAUGAUCCCGACAAAGGCUUCCCCGCUGAAGUGAAAUGAGCCUUGCUGGAAGCUGAAACAGUGGCACCCCUUGUGAAUGUUACAUCCACCCGGAGCAUCACUGUCAGGGUUUCCUGUCAGUGCUGCCAAACAACAUCCCUUCCAUUCUCUUGUCAUUGCACAACUCCUUUGUUUUGGGUUCUGGAGCAGGAUGAGUAAAUUUGGCCAAAUUACCCCCCUUUGAUGGUUGUUAGAUUCGCCAUCUGGUGCCACAUUAUUACUGGUCCACUGAGAGAGCUCAUCUCUAACCAAAGUUACUUGAAAAGACGUGCAGCUGUAAGUGUUAGGACAGAUAGUGCUGCUGAAGCUCACUGCACAACACAGCAGCUAUUUAUUUAUUUAAUGUAUUUGGAAUAAAUAUGUUUUAAGCGUGUUGAGGGGUAGCAUUUUGAUUGAAGCCAUGCUAUAGCUAAGUGAAGUGAGAAAACGCCUCUGUAUAUCAUGAAAACUGUAUUCCUGUUGCCAAUUAUGAUGCAAACGAUAGUCCGACAUGGUGGAAAACCUCAGUUUAUAUUUGAUUGAGGUCUUUUUUUUUUUGGCAAACUACUCCUUUCAGUUGCUUUUUCUGGAUGUUUCUUGGUUCCCUGUCAUGGUUUUGUUGCGGUUUCAUGGUGCUGUGUUUGUAAUUAUGGCUCCUACUUUUUUUUCUUGUGAAGACAGCAUGCCUGGUUUUAAAAAAAGACGGUUUUCUAUCUAAUGGGGCAUAACUAUAAUGUAUGAUAAACUCUGAAAAUAAAUGUUAUCUAUCAGUGGCUGAGUGGAUCUGGCUGCUGCAUACUGUAAUAUCAGAUUUUAUUGUAAAGGACGCAUGUUUAUCUUUUUGUUCAUCGGUUCAAAGGGGAACAGUGUAUAGAAAAGGACAAGACCACAGAUUAAACCAGUUCAAACAA